AUGGCAAUAUUUAAGAAGGUGGCCAACUUGUUUUCCUGUACCAAGGACCAAACCCAGAAUGCAACUUCGAAGACACCAGCUGUCAGAUCGGACGACCCUCUUUUGAAAAAGCGUUCUCCCUGGAAAAGAAUAAUCCGUGGUUCUUGUAGCCAGGCAGAUGUUAAAAAUGCCUUAUACGAGAACAACCAGUGUACAAGCAUUGCCGUGACAGCAGCCAUGUACCAUGCCAUGAAAUGUGUUAACAAAUGGAAAAGUAAGGACAUUGACACUGUCAUUAAACACGGUGAUGGGAAUCAUGUUUUAUUCCGAGAGGACUUCCGGUUUUCUGACAAAAAAGAUGGACGAGUUGCGAUAUUUGACCUCCCGAUGAAUUUUACAGUUAGAGUCAAAGACCAAAAAGCCGUUGUUAUGAAAACGGGCGAAUGGGGAGGACCUGUGUUUGCUCCAGUUGGUUACGAUGACGAAUUCCGUUUCAGUUGUCCAACAUUACGAGAUGUUCUUGAGCAGCAAUUAAAACCCAAUAGAUCAGUUUUAACUACCAUAGACGUCUAUUCUCUUCUGUUCAUGAAAGUCGGAACUGACAUAUGGCUGUUUGACAGUCAUUCAAGAAACAGAAAAGGAAAAGGCACCAGCUUCUUCGGGAAAGCUUUUGCAGCACCAUUUUCCAGUAUGGACGACCUUGAGAAAUAUAUCCGAAAGAACUACGGUACAGAUGAUCUAAACUACAAUGCAACAUCUAUCAAGAUCUGGCUUCCAAAUGAGUAUGCUUCAAGAGAUAAGGCCAUUGUACGCAGUUUAGAACACAAGCUCAAAGCUAGUGCACUCGAAAAACUCUGUGCCAAGUUUGCUAAAAAACUGCAGAAAAUGGAAGCGGAAAGGAAGACGGUAAAGAAACUAGACUGUGAAAACAGUCCGGGUUAAUAAGAAGCGUCAAAUGACGUUCA